AUGGGAGCCAGCAUUUCUCCGGUGUCUGGCUUCAACAAAUCGCAGUACGAUAUCAGCAUUACCAUUUGGAAGGAUCCGAAAGAAGGGCAUUGGUGGAUGCAGUUUGGGGACGGCUAUGUGUUAGGAUACUGGCCAAGCUUUCUGUUCUCCUACUUAGCUGAUAGUGCAUCAAUAGUAGAAUGGGGCGGAGAAGUGGUGAACAUGGAAGAAGAUGGUCACCACACGACCACACAAAUGGGAAGCGGUCAGCUUCCGGAUGCAGGGUUCACGAAAGCGAGUUACUUACGGAAUAUUCAAGUCGUCGAUAGCUCUAAUAAUCUAAAAGAACCAAAAGGGCUCAACACUUUCACCGAGAAGUCGAGUUGCUUUACAGAAUAG